UCCUCUCUAAUCCACAGCCACACCUCAUUUCUUCUACAUAGUCUGAUAGUCACCGUCCUGAACUAAUCUUUUCCCGAUGCUAUAAAAUCUUGGCUCCUGAAAAAGGCUGCAACUUCUCAAUGACGAUUGGAAAUCCUAUUUUUCAAUCUCUUGGCGCCACUCCCACCAUUUUAGUCCCUUCGACUUUUCUGGGUUCUUCUCCUUUCUUCCAAAACACCCUCAGAAACCCAUGUAGAGAAAGCAGGGAGUCCAAGUGUUACAGAGAGAGAAGGCUUGUCAAGAGAAGGGGAGGGAUUGUUGUUUGUUGGGCAUUGUUCCCAGUUGAUCCAUGGGCACCCAGCAUCGAUUCACAGAGCAUAGCUUCACAGCUUUUUGCUUUUUCUUUGUUUCCCUACCUUGGUUUCUUGUACUUCAUCACCAAAUCCAAGUCUGCUCCAAAGCUCACCCUUUUUGGGUUCUACUUUUUGCUCGCCUUUGUGGGGGCUACCAUCCCUGCUGGAAUUUAUGCAAAGGUGCAUUAUGGUACUUCCUUGUCUAAUGUGGAUUGGUUACAUGGUGGAGCUGAGUCGCUUCUUACUCUAACCAACUUAUUUAUUGUGAUGGGGCUGAGAGAAGCCCUUAAGAGAGCUCGAAAUGCAAAAUGAAGCUCAUCCAGUUAUCUUCCAGUACUGAAAGGGGCGAGGCGUUCCACCUAAGAACAGGAGGGCAGUUUCAUCAUUUUCAUUGGUUAUGUUAUUGUUUUCAUUACCUUGUUGAAGCGCUACAUAAUCUGGUGUGUCUGGCAAAUUUUUGGGUUCUCUUCUUGUUCUGCCUUCAGUCAGGAAUAUAUUCAAGAUAUUUAUGCAGCUGUCCUUUUUCUUGUGCUUGAGAGUUGUCCCCUCAACUAAAUGUACAGUUGAAAAAUGCAUUCCGUUUUGUUGUUGAGCACAUCAAGUAGUGGUUGGCUUUGGUACGCUCACAUGUCAUAAGAAUGGAUGUUAGUUUAAUAUACUAGAUUGUUCCUCCAACCCAGUUUGGAAGUUCUUCUUUUAAGCAGUUGUUGUAAUAUUCCAUUGGAUUAUGAAUCAAGUUAGAAUGAUAUAUACAGUUUCAGA